AUGGAACCCACCGGACUGCUUAGUUAUAUCCACCCCCCUGAGAUUUUCAUUGUACUUGUGGGGUUGAUUUUUGUCUGGGACCUCUUCCGGAGAACCCGUCACAAUGCACCGUUCCCUCCUGGUCCCCGAGGACUCCCUUUGAUCGGAAAUCUUCUCGAUAUGCCCUCUGAAAAGGAAUGGCUCUCCUUCGCUAAGUGGGGGGAGAAAUAUGGGGACAUAGUAUCGGUUUCCGUCCUUGGACGGCGCCUGGUCAUCAUAAAUUCUGCUCAGAUGGCUAUCAACAUACUGGACAGAAAAAGUUCUAUCUACUCAGAUAGACCGGUCGUCGGAAUGGGCGGCGAGCUCAUCGGAUGGAAGGAAUCUCUCGCUCUUAUGCCAUACGGAGCGCGUUUUCGAAACCACCGUCGGUUAGCCCAUCAGCUUUUCGGCAGCAACGCGACCAUGAAGCGAUUUCUGCCGAUGUUGGAACAGGAGACGCGUCGUUGUCUGAACAGGAUCGUCAUUGCACCUGGAAGCCUUUCUGAACAUAUCCAGAAGACUGCUGCAGCCGUAAUUCUGCAAAUCUCGCAUGGAUACAUGAUCCAAGAGAAGGAUGACCCAUUCGUGGAGCUCGCCGAACGAACGGUGAACCAAUUGUCCCUCGCAACGACAUCUGGCGGCUUCUUAGUCAAUCUUAUUCCAAUCCUAAUCCACAUCCCAGACUGGUUCCCUGGAGCUGGAUUCAAACGGACCGCUCGAGAGUGGGCUUCAGCACUGAACGAAUUCGUGGAAAAGCCACAUAACUAUGUAAAGCAGGAAAUUGCAGCUGGAACCGCUCGUCUUUCCUUCACCUCGAGUCGACUUGAAGGUGGAGUGAGUGCCGAGGAAGAAUUCGAUAUUAAAUGGCUUGCAGCGACUCUAUAUGCCGGUGGAGCUGAUACAACCGUCGCAUCUAUCUACGCUUUUUUUAAAGCGAUGCUUCUAUAUCCGGAGGUGCAGGUCAAGGCACAAGCCAAGAUCGACGCGGUGAUCGGGGAUGAGAGGUUACCUCGUUUCGAUGACCGAGAGCACCUCCCGUAUGUCAAUGCACUAGUGCUCGAAGUCACCCGAUGGCACACCGUAGCACCUGCAGGCCUUCCCCAUUGCGCUACUGAAGAUGAUGUUCAAUUCGGUUAUUUCAUUCCGAAGGGUUCCUUGGUGAUUGCAAACAUCUGGAAAAUGCUCCAUGACUCUACGAUAUACAGCGAACCAUUCAAAUUCAAUCCAGGCAGAUUUAUUCGGACGGAAAACAAAGAACCGGAACUUGAUCCCUACAAAAUGGCGUUUGGAUUUGGUCGUCGAAUUUGCUCAGGAAGAGUGCUGGCUGACGCCUCGAUUUUCAUUUCCUGUGCUAUGGUGUUAGCUGUCUUUGACAUUUCAAAAUAUACUGAGAACGGCGUUACUUUCGAGCCGGACACAGAGCAUACGACUGGAGCUAUCAGCCAUCCUACUUCGUUCAGGUGUAUAAUUCAAGCUAGAAGCAAGAAGGCAUUGGAACUGAUCGAUGAGGAAAGGCUUUCAUGAGAAAUGAAGCUGUCGUUUCAUCUCUUCGACCAUCAUUUUCAAUGGCGCUAGAGAACAGUAGAUAUACCUUAAUACCAUCUCCGAAUCGCUAG